CAGCGCCCGCAAACCUAGCCAGGCGUCAAAGCAACGCAUCCGUCCGUCCUAGACCCUCUAAGAGUCUGUGGUAACCCUUCCUCCCGGGGUUCCUCUUGAGAUCUAGGGGGUCUCACAGCCCUGCGAGCCGCGCCGGCGCCCGGCCAGAUCCGGAAGUGCAUAGCUAGAACGUCUGGACCUGGUUCCCUCCCUACUCCCACCGCCGGGAGCGCAGCGUGCGAGGUUCCACAGGAGGAGGCCAGCGGCGAGGGCUGCCACGCACGCACUGUGUGGAAGAGGAGAAGGGGCGCACUACCUGCUUACCCCCAGACAAGGUUCAGAUCUAGUGGGAGUUCUUCAAAGAGAAACUUUGCAUGGCCUCCCCUGCACACCCCAUCAAAAUGGCUGCUUUCGGACACACAUUCCCCUUCUAUGCUGGCCCCAAGCCAACCUUCCCAAUGGACACCACCUUGGCCAUCAUCAUCACCAUCUUUCUGAUUGCACUGGUCACCUUCAUCGUCAUCCUGCCUGGCAUUCGGGGCAAAAUGAGGCUGUUCUGGCUGCUGCGGGUGGUGACCAGCUUAUUCAUCGGGGCUGUGAUCCUGGGGACCCCUGUGCAACAGCUAAAUGAGACCAUCAAUUACAACGAGGAGUUCACCUGGCGCCUGGGCGAGAACUAUGCUGAGGAGUAUGCAAAGGCACUGGAAAAGGGGCUGCCGGACCCUGUGCUCUACCUGGCUGAGAAGUUCACUCCCGGAAGCCCAUGUGGCCUGCACCGCCAGUACCGCCUGGCAGGACACUACACCUCAGCCACAAUGUGGGUGGCAUUCCUCUGCUGGCUGCUGGCCAAUGUGAUGCUGUCCAUGCCCGUGCUAGUCUACGGUGGCCACAUGCUGCUGGCCACAGGCAUCUUCCAGCUGUUAGCAUUGAUCUUCUUCUCCACGGCCACAUCACUUACCCCACCCUGUCCCCUGCACCUGGGCACUGCUGUGCUGCACACUCACCAUGGGUCUGCCUUCUGGAUCACACUGACCACAGGACUGCUGUGUGUGCUGCUGGGCCUGUCUGUGGCGGUGACCCACAGGAUGCAGCCCCACAGGCUGAAGGCUUUCUUCAACCUGAGUUCAGAUGCAAACCCCAUGCUGGAGUGGAGUCCUGAGGAAGGGGGACUCCUGAGCCCUCGCUACCGGUCUAUGGCUGAGAGUCCCGAGCCCCAGGACAUUCCUCUGUCAGAGGCUUCCUCCGAGGCAUGCCGUAAGGAGGGGCACCGCAGAGAACCUGUCUGUGCCCUGUAAUGGUCCUCUCGCCAAUGUUCACCUGGACUUCCAUUCUGGCUCCAGACCUCGCUGGAGCCCCAUAAAACCAUCAGAACUGCCCUCAGGGUGGCCG